CCUAAAAUUAUUUUCUUUUUUUGAAUGAAGAAGGAUAUGCAGUUCCAAGCACCCAAUUGCCUCCAUCGCCUCAGAGGCUUGGCUGAGGCCAGAUUGCAAGGAGCCAAACAACCCAGGGGCAGCAAACUCUGCACCCCCUCCCAACAUCACCUCAAGAGCCAGGGUUAAAGGCAGUUUUUGUGGAGAGACAUAGUGGGAAGUAUCCCACUAUUUUCUAAAGGCUGAGGUGACCUAGGAAGAGAUUUUAAAUUACAUGGGAGAAGCCCAGGCUUUGUGGGCCAAAAUGGCAUCUCUUGGUGGUCCCAUGCAGAGGAUCAUUGGAGUCUGCAUAGCAAGGGAUGCUGUUGAGGGGUGAAUGAUUGUGGAUGGAGUACAACUUUUUUGCACGAGAGAGAUAUUGGAACAGAGAGAACUUGGGGAUACGCUUGUAGCCAAGAGCUGGUCAGGCCUCUGUAAGUCCCAGGCAUCCCCCUCCUGUGACUUUGGAAAAGGAUGUUAAUGAAGGGUAAGUCAGAAAUUUCCUCUGCAUUUGUCUUCAUAUAAAUCUACCUUUCCCUCUUCCCCCCUCCUUCUUUAUUUUGCAGAUAUUUUCCUCCCCUGUUCCCAAGAUCCUCCUCCUGAGCGGCCACCAUGGGAAGUAAAACUCUGCCAGCCCCCGUGCCUAUCCAUCCUUCCCUCCAGCUUACCAACUACUCCUUCCUGCAAGCAUUCAAUGGGCUGCCCGCUGUGCCCUCCGACCACCUCUCCAACCUCUACGGCUUCAGUGCCCUGCACGCUGUGCACCUGCACCAGUGGACUCUGGGGUACCCAGCCAUGCACCUGCCCCGUUCCUCCUUCUCCAAAGUGCCCAGCGUCUCGAGCCUGGUGGAUGCACGAUUCCAGCUGCCAACCUUCCCACUCUUUCCACAUGUCAUCCAGCCCAAGCAAGAGGCUACCAAUGUGACCCUCAAAGCCAAACCCCGCUUUGACUUUGCCAACUUAGCAGUGGCUGCCACACAAGAGGACCACUCUAAACUGGGACAGGCAGACAGUCAGGGCUCACCUGCAGGGCUGGGGUCUUUGCUUGAGGUGACUAAACUCUCUCCAGAGAAGAAACCCACGCGGGGAAGGUUACCGUCCAAAACCAAGAAGGAGUUUGUGUGUAAAUUCUGCGGCAGGCACUUCACCAAGUCCUACAACCUUUUGAUCCAUGAAAGAACCCACACAGAUGAACGGCCCUACACAUGUGACAUUUGUCACAAGGCCUUCCGAAGACAGGAUCACCUGAGGGAUCACAGAUAUAUCCAUUCUAAAGAAAAGCCUUUUAAGUGUCAAGAAUGUGGGAAAGGAUUUUGCCAGUCCAGAACACUAGCGGUCCACAAGACACUGCACACGCAAGUAAAGGAACUGAAACCUGCCAAACUUAAGUGUUGAAUAUCCAACUUCUAUGAACUUCUCUUCCCCUUCAGACUUUACACCAAAACCAGAGCAGAAACAAAACUUUCAGGAUGGGAGCACUGGACUUUGUGCUUUGUUGUUGUUUGUACUUUAAAAAGGGCAAAAUCCGCACCCCUGUAAUCCCCCAUCCAAGCAAUUAACUUCCUAAGUCGUGGGUAAAAAGAUUAUUUUGAAUUUAAAAUAUACAUGAAUGAUACAGAGAGUGCUAGCUGACUUAUGUGGCUUUGAUAAACUUUAUGCCAAAAGGUGGUGCUCAUGUGUUGGACAGGAAUCUCUCUCAAGCCAAACAAAACCCCACAAGACACCUCUUCCCAAUCCCUCUCCCCCCAAAAAAACCCAAAAUCAUAGCUUCCAAAGGUAUUACUUAAAAAAAUCCAACCUCUUAUUUUAUACUUUUUUUUGACUGUAUAAAGCUUCUUAUUUUUACACUUCAGGAAAUACAGAGAAUUCCAGAAGAAAAUUAAGAACUGAAAUGGUGGUUUCUCGUCACAGCACCAUUAGGACAAGGAGAAGGGCAACUUGCAAAUCUCUUUUGCUGGUUUGUUUUCAGAAAAGGAGAAGGAAGAUUAAUGUUUGGAAAUGACCUAAUUCUCUCAAGUGGGGAAUCCUAUCGUGCAGUAGAAAAUGCAGACCCACAGGUCCCUGGUGUUUGUGACAGAUCAAUGUUGAUGGGAUAUGGAGACCUUUUCAAUUACUUUGUGGUCUAGUGCGCUGUGAGGAAGUUUGUAACUUGUGGACUUAUUUAAAAAAAAACAGAAGAAAGAAAGAAAGAUGGCAGUACAUCAGACUGACGGUAUGCACAACGUGGUUUUAGUGGUACUUUAAAGUCUUCGUGUGUCCUGGUGUGAGAGAACAAAUCUCAACUUGAGAGCAUAUUUUUUUAAAUGCUGGCUUUCUGAACAGUGUAUUCAAAUUAAGAGACAUUCCAAUAAGUUUUGUUUAUUAAAGAAAAAAAAAAAGUUGUAUGGCUGUUUGGCACUUUAUGCUGAUUAUUGGUAAUUGACAUUUAUCACUGGAUUGUGUGUGGUUUUUAAGUAUUAAAAUAAAUUGUUAUUUUACAGGCAAA